UCUUCCAAAGGAUAUGGGAAGCUCUUCCUUGUUUUGAAAGGAUUGAGAAGAAGAGAUGGGAAGCUUACAGGAUGAUCGCUGUGCUACUUCUUCUUCUUGAGAGCGUUGGAGUCUUUGAUCCUCUGGCGAUUGUCGAGCUUGACGAGGCGCUUGAGCUCCUGGAGCUUGAGCGACUUGAAAUCCCUGCGCUUGAGAUCGCUGAGCGGCGGCAGUGGCUUGUCCAGCGUCCACAGCCAGUCGGGAUACUCGCUAUCGGCCUGGAUGGGAGGAUCGCUACCUUCCUUGAAGAUGUUUGCGCCAAGCACCACAUUGACCCUUUGCUCCAUGGGAACCGUCGGCCCUGUGGGCGCCGAUGGCCCUCCUCGCCCUUUCUUCUUGCCGCCACUGCCAGCCGCGGGGGCGGCGCGCAAUCGAAAUGCGCAUUGCAGUGCCCUGGAUCGAGCUCCAGCGCCACCGAUCGCCUGCGUCAAGACCAUCCUCUUCGAAGAACCCUAGGUGCUCUGUUUUUAGGGUUCUUGAGAUUAGGGUUUUUGGGGGAAGGAAUGGCGAACCAGGGCGCGAAGAAGCGCAAGGAGGAGAACGAGAAGCACAUCCAGUGGCUGCGGAACCUCAUCCUUGUCUCAAAUGCCAUUCACAUUCUAGUGAGGAUUUUGCUCCUUCGCUCCUCCGUGUCGUGGAGGCAUUUCUUCCGGCUGCUGCUCUCCUCGGCCGCGUACAAGCUCUCGUAUUCGCAGCUCCAGAAGAUGGCCCAGCCUUCCUUUGACGAGCGCGGCGAUCUCAUCGAUGGCGGCUUUGACAUGUCCACUGGAGGACUUUGCAGCUAUCUUCACGAUAUCAUCUACAUCACGAGCUUUGUCCAGGUUUCCAGCGUUUUCUCCGAUUACUUUUGGUACCUCUACUGGGUGAUCCCUCUGUUCGCUCUUUACAAGCUGUGGCAGCUCGUUUUGUACCCAUUUGUCUUCCAAAGCUCGCCACAGGACGCUGGCGAGGAUGAAAAAGCCAGAAAGAAGAAAGAGAAGAAAGCCAACAAAGUGAAAUUCUCCCGGGUUAAAACCCGCUAGUAAGGUUUUGAGUGAAGAAACCAUCAGACAGUCAGGGAGAUUAACGCUUGAGUUCGCUGGAGGCCAUGAAGAUCUGGGAAGGCUAAAACUAAAGCUGGAGCUCAGAAGUGGUCAUUAGAUUGAAAUACCAAAUUGUUGUGAGUUGCCUCUA